GGGUUCGGGGUUCGGUCCGGGCUGGGCUCUGGAUUUGGGGUGGCGGUGUUCCAGCACCGCCCGCCUCCCCCAGGCCAGCAUGAUCCCAGGAUUUGGGCCGGUGCUGCAGGCGGUGCUGGGGACGUUGCUCACCUGGGGGCUGACGGCAGCGGGGUCAGCGCUGGUGUUUGUGUUCUCCAGUGGGCAGAGGCGGAUCCUCGAUGGGAGCUUGGGCUUUGCUGCAGGGGUCAUGCUGGCAGCGUCCUACUGGUCCCUGCUGGCCCCAGCCAUCGAGAUGGCCGAGGAGUCCGGCACCUUCGGAGCCUUCUCCUUCUUCCCGGUGGCCCUGGGCUUUGCCCUGGGGGCAGCCUUUGUGUAUGGGGCUGACCUGCUCCUCCCAGUGCUGGGGUUCUCUGGCUCUUCCCACGCCGCCCUGGCCCUGGGCUCUGAGCAACGAGCCGUGAAGGAGAAGCAGGAGCAGGAGCCUGGCCGGGAUCUGGGGAGCGAGCUGUGGAUCCAGAACGAGCUGUCCAUCAGGAUAGGUAGAGCUGGGCUGCAGCCAGACAAGGCUGAGAACGGGGAGCCCUACCAGAGGAGGAGACCAGCGGGGUCCCCCCUGCCCGAGGGCCCCCCGGCAUUCCCGGCAUUCCCGGCACCCCGGGAUGGAUCCGCCCCGGCCGGGAGCAGCAGCUGGAGGAGAAUCGUGCUGAUGAUCCUGGCAGUGACCAUCCACAACAUCCCGGAGGGCCUGGCAGUGGGAGUUGGAUUCGGGGCCAUUGGAAAAUCCGAGUCUGCCACAUUCCAAAGCGCCAGGAAUUUAGCCAUUGGGAUUGGGAUCCAGAACUUCCCAGAGGGGCUGGCUGUCAGCCUGCCUCUGCGUGGCGCUGGAUUUUCCACGUGGAAAGCUUUCUGGUAUGGGCAGCUGAGUGGGAUGGUGGAGCCCCUGGCUGGAAUUUUGGGUGCCUUUGCCGUGGUGGUGGCGGAGCCGCUCCUGCCCUACGCGCUGGGAUUUGCUGCUGGAGCCAUGGUCUAUGUGGUGAUGGAUGACAUCAUUCCCGAGGCACAGACCAGUGGCAACGGGAAGCUGGCAUCGUGGACCUCCAUCCUGGGCUUUGUGGUGAUGAUGUCCCUGGAUGUGGGGCUGGGAUAGGGCAGGGCUGCAUUCCCAGGAGGAGACAUCAGAGCCCCGCCCUGCGGGAGUGGCAGCAGGACACGCCUCAGCCCGGGACCGCAUCUGUACAUAGGUUUUUUGGGAUCUGGUUUGGUGUUGAUUUCCUCUGAUUUUGUAUCUCCCCCUUCCCUCCAAGCUGCUGGCGAUGGUUUCCAAGCACAAAUAUGGGUGGGUGCUCCCAGAUCCUGGCUGGGUUUUCCUCUUGGAAGGGGCUUUGGAUGACGCUGGGCUGCUUUCUCCAAGGAAAGAAAUUGGGAUUUUUGAUCCUCUCUGUUCUGUCGGAGGUUGGGAAUUCUCCCUGAGCACUGAGGCAUUGAUACAGAGUAAGCUCCUGAUGGAGUCUGGAGUUCCACCCUUUUUUGGGAAGGCAUUAGGACUGUGAUCAGCCAGGGGAUCACAGGUCUCCCACAUCCCGCUGCUCCUCGGGAAUGCUGCAGGGAAUUGGUUUGGAUGGGUGGAGAGAGUCCAGGCAAAUAAAGAUGAAUUUUCUUGGGAUCUGUGCAAGAGGGAAAUGUCAUUUUUUUCCCUCAAUGUAUCUCAGAGGGGCACUGCUCCAAUGUGCUGCGUCCAAUGUUCCGGGGUUUUCUGUGGGAACAAACACCAGGAAAGGAGGAUUUGAGUCCUCUGUGACAGGCAAGGUGUGGGCUCCUCACUGUCCCUGCCUGGAUGCAAUUCCAUGUGGAGCUGUCCUGCCUUCCCAAGGGAUUGCUGGAUUUCAGCUGCUGCUUCCAGUGAUCCAGAGCUCCCUGAAGAGCCAGGCCAGGCUCAUCCUGGUCACCCUUCACCUACAGGAAGAGCAGGAGCCGAGCCAGCAUUCCAGGAUGAAUCCCUCAGGAUGAAUUCAUUAUCCCACUUGGAGAGCCAUGCACGGAGCUUCCUGCCUCUUCUCCUGGUUCCCCCAAGCAUUUCUGGUGGAAUGGCUCUUCCUGAGCGUUGAGGAUUGAUCCAGGCUGAGCAGUGAAUCCUGCCCAUCCCUCCCUGUGCCUCCAGGGAGGAAGGAAUUGCCAGGCUUGGAAGGAUGCUGCAAAUCCCAGCUCCCCCUCGCUCCAAUCUCCAGCACAAAGGGCUUCCCUGAACCUUCCUGUGGGAAUAACUGGGUCACCUGGCUGCCUCCUGUCCCUCUGGAAGAGGGGCUGGGUCACCUGGCUGCCUCCUGUCCCUCUGGAAGUGGGGCUGGGUCACCUGGCUGCCUCCUGUCCCUCUGGAAGUGGGGCUGGGUCACCUGGCUGCCUCCUGUCCCUCUGGAAGUGGGGCUGGGUCACCUGGCUGCCUCCUGUCCCUCUGGAAGAGGGGCUGGGUCACCUGGCUGCCUCCUGUCCCUCUGGAAGAGGGGCUGGGAUGUCCAGGAUCCACCUUCAGUCCCAGCACCAAAGGGAACAGGUUGGAAUAAACUGGAGCUGUCCCUUUCUGUUUGAUCCUUGGGGUUUUUGUUGGAUUUCCUCUGUGUGUCCCUCUGGAUGAUCCAAAGCUCCCGUUUGCUGAUGGAUUUGACCUUUUAACUGUGAUUGCUUUCAAUAAAUGGGAAAUGGAGUUUGCACGGA